AUGCCAAGGUUACAAUUUGUGGAAUAUUGUUCAACAGAAUUUGUCUCAGCAACGAAACUAUGAACACUACGGAAAGAAUACCCAAUAUUUUUCCUAUUGAUCCUAAUCUGUCACCAACGCAACAGCCAAAGCCUCUACACAAUAGAUGGCAUCCUGAUAUUCCACCAAUUGCACAAGUCAAGGUGAAUUCAGUAUUUCGGGUGGAUAUGAUUGACUUCACAGGUGGUCAAAUUAAGAAUGACGAUAAUGCAGAAGAUGUAAAGUCUAUUAAUAUCAAUAAGAAUCACCAUUUGUCUGGUCCUUUUAGUGUAUGUGAUGAAAACGGUAAACCAGCCAAACCAGGAGACCUUCUCGUUGUUGAAUUGUGUGACCUUGGUGCUCUUCCUGGUCAUGAAUGGGGAUAUACUGGAAUUUUUGAUCGAGAAAAUGGUGGUGGCUUUCUUACAGACCAUUUUCCAAAUGCAGCAAAGGCUAUUUGGGAUCUUGAAGGAGUUUAUGCUUCUUCACGUCACAUACCAGGAGUACGGUUCGCUGGAAAUAUUCAUCCAGGUCUCAUUGGAACUGCUCCCAGUAAAGAACUUUUAGAAAUAUGGAACGAAAGAGAACGCAAAUUGUUAGAGGAAGACAUCGAGAAGAUGUCACUUGCCGCUGUGUUGCAUCAUCGUCCUAUGGCUAUGCUACCGGAACCAAAAGAAGCUCUAUUAGGUGCAAUAAGCCGGAAGAGUGCGGAAUUUCAGCGGAUUGCAAAGGAAGCUGCGCGUACCAUUCCUGGAAGAGAAAACGGUGGAAAUUGUGACAUUAAAAACUUGACAAGAGGAAGCAGGAUUUAUUUGCCAGUAUUUGUUGAAGGUGCGAACUUUUCUAUGGGCGAUCUUCAUUUUAGUCAAGGUGAUGGCGAAGUGUCUUUCUGUGGUGCAAUUGAAAUGUCCGGAUUUGCGAUUAUGCGUUGUCAAAUUAUUCGAAAUGGAAUGGAUAAGUAUCUAUCUCCUAUGGGACCGACAAAGCUACAUGUCAAUCCUAUCUUCGAAGUCAGUCCAUUGGAACCAAGAUAUUCUGAGUUCUUAGUAUUUGAAGGUGUGUCAGUGGAUGAAUAUGGAAAACAGUAUUAUAUGGAUGCAUCAGUGGCGUACAAAAGAGCUGUUCUGAAUUGUAUCUACUACUUUACUAAAUUUGGAUAUACUCCAGAACAAGUCUAUCUUUUGCUGAGUUGUUGCCCGUGCGAAGGAAGAAUUUCUGGAAUAGUUGAUGUUCCCAAUGCAUGUGCUACUUUGGCUGUUCCUACAGCUAUUUUCGAUAUGGAUGUUCGUCCAAAAGUAGCUACCCAACAUGUUCAUGUCAAAGUAAUGAAGGUAUCUCUACCACAAUGCACGUAUGAUGGAAAGCUUCCCACAUUUCCUCGAAAAUCGCAAAAUGACUUUGAAUGAUCUAUUUGCAAGGGGCCUAUAAAGAAUUUGUUGCCUUG